AUGAAAUAUUUCUAUUUCAGUUUGGUGUCUUUGGCAUUUGCUGGUUCUAUUGGGAUGACAUUUGUUAUUCUUGCAUGUGCCUUACCUGAUUAUCAAAAAUGGUGGCCGUUCUUUGUGGUGAUAUUCUACGUCCUUUGCCCAAUCCCAACACUGAUUGCUCGUCGCCACACCGAUGGGACGGGUGGUACAAACUCGGCAUGUAUGGAAGCAGCUAUUUUCAUCACCAUGGGAUUUAUUGUCAGCUCAUUUGCCCUACCCAUUGUCCUCGCAAGGGCUGGAACGAUUGUGUGGGGUGCAUGUCAUUUGACGCUGGCGGGUAACGUCAUAGUAUAUCUCACCAUUCUAGGCUUUUUCACUAUCUUUGAUAUGGACGACUCCGACUACACAAUGUGGUGA